CCUAGUCUAACCUUAACCGGAAGUUGGCAGCAGCUGCGCGUCGUGUGCUAGAAGGAGCUAGAAGGAGCUACAAGUCACUACCAUGUUGAGUAAAGUGGUCGGUCAAAAAUAUGUGGCCAUUGCUAAGUCGUGGAUGCCCACACUUGCUGUUUGGGGAUCAGUCGGCGGCGUAGCGUUGGUUCACUUCACAGACUGGCGAUUGUUUCUGGACUAUGUGCCCUACAUCAGUGGCAAGUUCAAGAAGGACUAACCAGAGGAGUCUGUCUUAUGCUUGGAAGACAAAAUAAAGAAUAAAAGUUUGUUGGAGAUGAUGAACAAGGACUGCUGCCAACACUGUUUUGCACUCAACUCCAAGCCAACUGUCAUUUUCAUGCUGCUGCUGCAACCACAUCACUUGGCAUUCAAUCUUUGAUGGUUGGUCCAACUGAAAGAAUAUGAAAAUAGAGACAAUGCACAGACUUUUUAAUAGCAGUUUGAGCUUCUUAUUUUACUCAUCAGUUUGUGAUGUGCUGUCAGCCUCGUCUGAUUUCAAUGUUCAGCUCUGUACUUCAAGCAAAACUGUUUUUGAAGAGUAAAAAGUAUGUCAAA